CAGGCCGAUGUCGCAUGUUGAUGCGCCCCGAAAACUCCGCUGGUGUAUCGUGUCGAGACAAAAGUAGAGGAGCUAGAUACUUGCUUUUUGCUUUGUGAGGGAUAUAGUAUAGUGUAUGAGGCUAUGCCGUGCAUAAAACAAACCCUUGAAUGUUAAAUCAUGAAUGAAACACACGCCCUGCCUUUCGAUGAUUCAGGGUCUGAGGCGCUACGUCUCCGGGGCGUCAUGAUCGACCCCCAGAUGGAAGCGAGCAGGAAGGACCCUGGCCCGGCUAGGUACGAUCCUGGCCACGAGAGGGGUCUAGAGGCUGGUUCCGAUGCUCUAGAAAUCGAAAUGCAGCGCCCGGGCAUGCAUCCCGCGGCGUUGUGCACUCGUACAGCUCCACGGUAUUGUACUUCCGUCCUCGGAACGGGGAUGCGCAGACUCAGCUCAGAGAGCAGCUCCGGAAUAAUAUGGCACGUUAACCCACGGAACAGCGACAGGAGAUGGGACUCUGAUCAUCUCCCCCAGACACCACGCUCUGUCAUGGUUGGUGAACCAGCCUCAGGCAGCUCCAGAGGACCCGAAGGUUCUGGCCUCCACUUCUGCGAUUUCUCGGCCAACACUCGGCCAAGGACCAUCCUACACCGAGCAACGGCCAGUCUUCCCUCGGAGCAAUCAGGACAUGAUAGAUUGUUAUUGACAAUAGAAAUCGAUAGGGCGCAGAAACUUCACUUGGUCUGUCCCACCCUGCCGAGAUAAAGAAAUUCACAAAAAAAGAAAUAGUUUCAUCAAACAAGCGCAGCUGGAGAGCUGUUGAUAUGAUUAUUGAUUGUGGACUAUCUAUCUACUCGUAGAUCUUCCGGCUUUCCCCACCAGAAUCCUCAGGCUCGAGUCCUGAGCUGUUCCAGUCAAUGGGGAUACGAGGAAAGUAAGCAGGGCUUACCGAGAAGCAGGCAAUCGGGGAGAGUUCACACUCCA